ACAUAAGCCUUGGCACCCGGAGCGCUGCGCGCAGCCAGAGCAACCCCGGUCGAGAUGCGAGGAGCGAUCGCGACCUCACAACACCGCCGUCACACCUCACACGCCUGCAAUUGCAGCCCACCGACCCGCAUACGCACACACACAUCGCACGCCAGCCACAAUGGUGCACAAGGUUCUGUUCUGGAGCGGUCUCGGCAUCGCCACACGACUAUGGCAGCUCGGCAUUGAGAUGCGCCCGCUCUUCAACCGCGAGUCGCUCUGGGUCUACCCCGUCUAUGCUGGCAUUGGCGGCAGCUUCGGCUACUGGCUGACGGGCGUUGAGCACCGCCAGUUCAGGUACCUGGCCGACCGCCGCGAUAUAUUGCUCGAGAAGCGAGCAAGGAGGAAGGAGCGUGAGGAGUCCUCUGUCGAGCAGUCGUAGACAUGUCGGAGGAUGCGAAGCUGUGUGAGGGGUAAUCAGAGAAAGGAGACCAUUCAUUGGCCGUCCUGUGCAACGUGCGAAGAAACACCACACGCGCAACUGAAUUCGAAUCUGCUGCAUUCCUUGUCAAUCUCAAUGGCACGCUGCGAGAAUGUGGACGGCGUGGGGGAGGGCGUUACUUUUGUGCUCUCAUCAUGCGUUCGAGACGAGGACGAGCCCUGUACAAAAUCCUCAGAUCCAAGAAUACCAAAAAAACUUCUUUGAAUCCAGGAAUCACUGCAUGGCUUGCGACUCUUGUCUACCAAAGUGCGAGAUAUUGCCUAAUCCAGCAGGGUGCGGCAUGUGCCCUAGGAAGUGCUAGCUCUUCUCCUAGCCACACGCGACCAUGAUACGUACCU